UGGCUGAGAUGACUCAUGAAUGUGUAGUGUGAGAGGCUGAAAACAAACAGACCAGGAAGGGCAGAGCUGAUUGAGAAACUGGGGAAAUACUUUUUACCAAGUUUGCAUAACUUGCGGUCCAAAAAGAAAGAGCUCCUUGUGUGUAUUUCAGAAGGGUUAGGGGGAAGUGAUUGGUGAGGUGAGAGAAAAAGCUGAAGCAAGGUCAUUCGCUGGACAGUUGGUAAAGGCAAAGUGCAUCUAGCAGAGGGCAGGAGUGAACUAAGCAGAAGCUAUUGUAAAGGAGUGAGGGCCCUUUGCCAGGCUCUGAGAUGACAUUUCAUGUGCUGGGGUAUACUGUCCUGCUUCUGCUAUGGGCAUCGUGUACUGCACAGCAAGCUGGAUGUGGACCACCACCUAGAAGAGAUCGUGAAGAACUUACAGAACAAUCCAACAAGGAGACCUAUUCUCAUGGUGACAUAGUCAUAUACAUCUGCCGGCCUGGGUAUAUAAAACUUGGGAGCAUUAGGUUUCGGUGUAACAAUGGAAACUGGGUACCAGCCGCACCAUUUGUAGAAUGUAGGAAAAGACCUUGUGGACAUCCUGGAGACCUCCAGUUUGGCUCUUUUGUGCUUGUCAAUGAAAAUGAAUUUGUCUUUGGUGCUCGUGCUGUAUUCCAGUGUGAUGAAGGGUAUCAGAUGCUGAGCCAAAUAAAUUACCGUGAUUGUCGGGCAGAUGGAUGGAGCAACGAUGUCCCACAUUGUGAAGUAAAGAAGUGUUUCCCAGUAAAAGAACCAAAAAAUGGGAGGAUCAUUAUGACUGGAUUACAAGAGGUGGACCAAGAAUUUAUGUUUGGCCAGGUGGUACGAUUUGAAUGUGCUGAAAACUUCAAAAUCCAGGGAUCUGCUCAUAUAUUUUGCACAAAUCAAGGAACAUGGAGUGCACCUGAACCAACGUGCAUAGAAAUAACCUGCCAACCAGGAACUAUUGAGCAUGGAUCCAUAACAUCUUCAAACAGAAUUUACAAAGAAAGGGAACAAUUACAGUUUGCAUGCAACUCGGGAUAUAAACAUGCUGGAAGAUCAGAUGCAACAUGCACUAAGAAUGGAUGGAAUCCACAACCCAUGUGUACAGAAAUUGUAUGCAGCCUUCCAGAAGUAGGUCCUGGUCGUUUCCAUCCUCGGCAGGAUCAGUACAGGUUUGAAGAUGUAGUCCAAAUACAGUGUGAUAGUGGGUAUCAGCUUGAUCGUGGUGAAGAGACUUCCACAUGCACAGAAAAUGGCUGGUCACCUUCUCCGAGAUGUGUAUCAAAGCCCUGUGACUAUGUCAGGGUAGUGAACGGAUGGCUACAUAACGAUCACGGAGGCUACUACUUUCCGAAACGCUUGAGACAAACAAUUUACUUCAGCUGCAAUGAUGGAUUUCUGCCAGCAGGUGGAGAAGAUGGAUAUGGAUGGAAACUUUCCACAUGCACGAAAUUGGGCUGGAAUCCAGAACCAAAAUGCUUUAAAACGUGUCGUGUAACUACAACUGAUGUGCCACAUGGUCGUUUCAUUCAAGCUUAUCACCGUCAGUACAUAGAAGGUGAAGAACUUUCAUUUUCUUGUGAUGAGGGAUAUUAUCCUGAAAAUCCAGAAGCAAAAGCCAGAUGCACAAAAAAUGGCUGGACACCCACUCCACAAUGUGCUGAAACACCAGCCUGCAAACUUGUUGAUCCACCACAUGGUUAUUUCUAUGAAAGGCAGCGUAAGUUUGCUCUUAAUGAAAGAGCAACAUAUGGCUGUGAGAGUGGGUACACUACUCCACAAGGACUUGAGAGGCAAGAGAUAAAAUGUCUUGAAGAAGGAUGGACACCAGAGCCAAAAUGUAUCAAGACAUGCCCCAAGCCAGCUGAAGAGAAUAUCCUCAUCAAUGCAACAAAAUCAGUUUUCUUGUCUGAGGAGAAAUUGGUCUACGAGUGUACAGAUGGAUAUGAAACUACUAAAAAGAAAACAGAGGACCUCAUAGUAUGUACAGAGAAUGGAUGGGACCCAAAGCCUGAAUGCCUGCAAAUACGAUGUGAACAUCCCAAUUUGGUCCAGGGAAAAUUUGAGCCAAGGACCAAGGACCAGUUUGUGCACAAGGAUGUGGUGCAAUUUUCCUGUAACAAAGGAUACCAAAGAGUGGGGCCUGCCUCUGCUCAGUGUUAUCAUUUUGGAUGGUCUCCACCACCUCCGGUCUGUAAAAAUCAAGUCAGCCCUUGUACAGCUCCACCCAGCAUUUCAGAUGGUAAUAUUACUGGUGAACUCCGUGAAGAAUAUUCACAUGGCGACAAGGUGGAAUACGUGUGUCAGGUCUCAUUUGCAUUGGUUGGGUCAGGAACGAUAGAGUGUAUUGAUGGAAACUGGACAUCUUUACCCUCUUGCACAGUGGAGGAAAAAACCUGUGAACAACCUCCCAAUAUUAGACGUGGACGUGUUGUCAGUGAAGAGCGAGAAACAUAUUUCCAUGGGGACACAGCAAGCUAUGAAUGUGAAGAAGGCUUUGUCCUUGUUGGGACCAACCUAGCCAAGUGUCUUCAUGGCAAGUGGAAUUUACCGUCAUGUGCUCAUAAUUCAAGAAAAUGUGUCCGUCCAAAGAUACCUGAGAAUUCAAACUUCGAAUCACCUCGUCUUCUGCCAAAGUAUAACAACAAUGACGUUUUAGUCUACCGCUGUGGUUCCAAUCGUCCUAAAACAACAACAUGUGUUAAUGGAAAGUGGUCACCUGAGCCAGAUUGCGAAGCACUCUGUCCACCUCCACCUCAGCUUCCGAAUGCCAUUGACAUAACUGAGAUAAGAAAUUAUGCAGAUAAAGAAAAGAUACACUUUAGGUGUCGGCAGCAUUUCUUGCUUCAAGGGCCAAAAGAAAUAACAUGUGAAAGGGGACAGUGGCAAACACCCCCACGCUGCAUCGAUGGAAGGUGUGGGGAUCCCCCUAUAAUUGCUAAUGGUGAUGUAAAAAAUAGAACCCAGCACAAGUAUGGUCCUGGUGAAAGUGUGGAGUAUCAUUGCCAUGAAGGCUUUGAAAUUAGAGGAUUGAGUUCUGCAACUUGUGAAAAGAUGCGUUGGUCUGAACCACCAAGCUGCAAAGAAAAAUCAUGUGGAGAACCCCCCAAAGUAUUUAACAGCUCAGAUGUGGGGAGAACAAGAAACACUUAUAACUCUGGAGAAACAUUCCGUUAUAAGUGCUAUCCAGGUUUUGUUGCUGAUGGGCCACUGACGGUGACGUGCCAAAGAGGAGAAUGGACAGAACCUCCUACCUGUGAAGAAGCAACCUGCAGAGAGCCUCCUACAGUUGAUAACGCUGAUAUUCUCAAUGGUCCAGCAGCACCUUACCUGCCCAAUCAGCAUGUACAGUACCAGUGCCAUGAAGGUUUUGAGAUAUCUGGAUCGGCCACCAUUAUAUGUGUAAAUAAAGCAUGGUCAAAACCACCAGUGUGUGAAGAUGUAGCUUGUUCUCCUCCAAUUACUAAUGCUAAUCUUUCUGGUCGACGAAAGGAAAAGUAUUUGCCUUUGGAGACAGUGCGCUUUCGCUGUUCCCUGGGUCAGAGUCUUUUUGGACCUCCAGCGGCAACAUGUCGUAACAAACAAUGGACAGAAUUACCAAAAUGUGAAGCUGCUGGAGGAAACUGUGGUCGCCCACCUGCUAUUGAAAAUGGAGACUACCUUGAAGCUGCCAAUGUCCAAUAUCCACGAGGUUCAGUAGUGCACUACAAAUGCCAAAGGCACUAUGUAAUAAAUGGAUCUGCAGAAGUACGAUGUGUUAACGGUCAUUGGACAGAACCACCGAUAUGCCUAGUGGCCUGUACAAUAACUGAAGAAGAAAUGGAAAGUCACAAUAUACAACUGAGGUGGCGCUAUAAUCAAAAACUGUAUUCUGAAUCGGGGGAACCUGUGGAAUUUUUCUGUAGACGCGGCUAUCGUCUAGCUCCAUCAUCCCCUCCCUUAAGAGCACUAUGUAUAGAGGGCAACCUGGAAUAUCCAAGUUGUGUAUAGGCAUAAGAAGAAUGGGAAGACACAUACAACAGAUAUUUGAAAUCUGCAUUUGGUCCUCAAGAAUGACUGGCAAUUUAUUUUCAAUAUUAUGAGAACAAACACUUUUUGCAAAUAGAAUAUAUUUCCAAGGUUUAUAUGAGGCUGCUUGGUAGACUCUGGAAUGCAAACUGGGAACCAGCUUCAUGGGGAAUGUAUCUGUAGGUUUAGUUCUGUUUUAAUAAAAAAAAAAUAUAUAAAACGUUUCCAGUCUAAGAUUCUAGAAAGAAAGAAAAUACAUCAGAAGUCAAGAAUGCAAAAUUUUUCAUUACACUUUAAUGGUUCUGAACAUUGCAGUAUCAAUGAAGACUAGCAGGCUCUCAUUGUGAUAAUAUACUGGCUGAGUAUAAAAGUUGUUGUUGUUGUUUUAAUCCUGCAAGGAUUUUGUGUUCAUUUUAAGGAAAAUAAAGGCACUUACUUGUAAAA